GAGACCCAUAGGACAUUUGCAUAUGCAUUUUUCUUUUUUUCACAGUUUUAAGAAGCUUUUAUGUUGCCCUUUAUAGUGUGUCAAAAUUUAAUGAUGAAUGAACCAGUAGAAAUGGUCCAAAAUCAAUUGGAAUAAAAUCUUGUUUCAUUACUUUUCAUUAAAAGUUAAUGUUUUUUUUCCUUCCCCAGUAAGUUACCGUUUUGGAGAUACAAGGUUUUGUUCAGACUGCCAAGAUAUCCUAAUUUGUUACCGCUGUGGCUUGUUUUAGCAAUGAAAUUCCUCUAUAUAUAAAUCCCUGAUGUAGGCCAAGCACCAUCAGCCUUGGACUGGUUAAAAGAAUAUGACAAGUGGUGAUGUGGCACAGCCUUAUUGUACAAGCUGACAUCAGUGGUUGUCAUGGUAACAUUGUGUGGUAGCCGCACUGAUCUGGCAAAGGUCUUCUGAGUCUAAAAAUAACACCAGCUUCUUCCUCAAGCAUAGAGCCACUGCAGAAAUUCCCACCAUCCCAGGCAAGCCUAGUAAAAUUCUGCUCUGUAGAAUGGGAUGACCAACCGGCAGAGGGGCGUGGCCAGAGAGAUUAUUGAUUCCCUGAUGCAACACGCACUGAAAGGGAAUGCCUUGGCUUGCGGAAGGACUGGAAAUGAAGUCAUCAUCUGCAGGCUCUCCGGUAGGCUGAUCAUUUCCACUCUUUCAACCUUUCUUCUAAUGCUCUCACUAUUGAUUGCUGUGCCGUCUCUCCAUCCACCCUGCACCACAGACUCCAUCUAUGCUUCCCCAGAUGGUUGUUGACGAGGAGAUCAGUGGAUGGUUCUUGAUGAGAUCGUCAGCGGAAGCAGAGGCUCCACUCUCAAUGCUAUAAACCAGGAGCGGCUGCAAAAAUGAAUCUCAACCAUCAACAUACAACCAGCAAAGGUGACACUUACUGUCUGGAGGCAAUGAAGACUAGGGAACACUCGACUCCAACCAAGAAGCCGACAUCUCCCAAGCCUGAAAAUGCCAUCACCAUCGCUGUAUCAUCGCGGGUCCUCUUCAACAUGGACCUGGAGCAGCAGAUCUUUGAGCAGAAGGGAAUGGAGGAAUAUCUGAAGUAUCAGAUUGAUCAUGAGACAGAGCUGUUUAAACCAGGACCUGCUUUCCCCUUCAUUAAGGCUCUGGAAGCGGUCAAUGCGCAGCUGAGAGAUCUAUACCCAGAGAGUGAAGAGCUCUUUGAUGUGGUCCUGAUGACCAACAAUCAUGCUCACGUCGGAAUCAGGCUCAUCAACUCAAUCAACCACUACAAGCUCUUUAUUGAGCGCUUCUGCAUGACUGGAGGUAACAGCCCAAUUGGGUACCUGAAAGCCUACCACACCAACUUGUACCUGUCUGCUGACUCAGUGAAAGUGAGAGAGGCCAUAGAGGAAGGCAUUGCAGCGGCCACCAUGUUCUCAUCAGAGAAAGUGACACAGGUGUCAGAGACUCAGCUGCGAGUGGCCUUUGAUGGAGAUGCAGUGCUGUUCUCGGAUGAGUCAGAGAGGAUCUAUAAAACACAGGGCCUGGACAAAUUCUUCGAACAUGAAAAGGCCCAUGAAAACAAGCCCCUUGAUCAUGGUCCACUAAAAGGAUUCUUGGAAGUUCUGGGGAAACUACAGAGGAAAUUUUAUGCCAAAGGCCAUCGUAUGGACUGUCCCAUCCGCACUUAUCUGGUGACGGCUCGUAGUGCAGCUAGUUCAGGCUCCCGAGCACUGAAAACACUCCGUGCUUGGGGUUUGGAGACAGACGAGGCCCUCUUCCUGGCUGGAGCUCCAAAAGGCCCCAUGCUGGCGAAGAUCAAACCUCAUAUCUUCUUCGAUGACCAGAUGUUCCAUAUAGAGGGGGCUGCAGAGCUUGGCACUGUGGCAGCUCAUGUUCCAUAUGGAAUUGCCCAGAAGCUGCCACCAAAGAAAACGAAGGAUGCAAAAGAGACUGAUUCACCUCCUAAGUGACCGAAGUGGAUAUUUACAUUGAGAACAUGAAUAAAAUAAAACACAUUAUAUAUUCUGUUCUUUUGAAUUUAGAAAAAGUCUAUGAUAAACUGCAAUGUUUCCAUGAUAAAGACAAUGAUGAAGAGAAGAUUUGACUCCUUGUAUUGAAUGUUUUAGUUAUAACCAGGACUGGCAUGUUAAUAAUAACAGCCUUAAACACUGUUCAGCCUUUGGGCUGUUUUCAGCAGUGCCGUACUUACACUUUCUCCACUAUAUUAGGGAGCUAAAGUCUGUGGAGUCAGACGAAGUUAAACGUCAUGACGAUAUUUGCAAUCCCUUCAUUUAAAUCCGUUAAGCAUAGCACACUCACUAAGGGCUUGUAAUGACAGUACACAUUUUACAGGUACCACAUAAUUGUAAAAAAAAAAAAGUUUGUGCCUCUAUUUUUUAAGUUAAUAAUGCCUGGAUUCGAAUUGUGGAUUGUUGACAGUCAAUACAGAUCAGCAAUUUCGAGUAGGUCACUCAAGUUGUUGGCACAAGCUGUCCUAGUUUGAUGAAUAACUGUGUUGAUGUGUAAAUUUGUUUUACCUUCUCAUCCUUUAAAUUAUUGUGCAAUGGUGUUUUGGAUCAGUGUGAAAGCAUGUGAGUCUGUUUUGUAAAACUAUAAUGGUCUGCACGUUCUCUUAUUGUACUCCUUUACAGUGUGCACUAACCUUCGUCUCUGUGCUGAUGUUCUAAAUUAUUGUUUUCAAUGUAAUACCGGCUUAACUCAUGAAAGACAAACUGCCAUACCUCUUAGACAAAGAUGACAUUAUUUCUGGUUAUUGACUGUGAGGGGAAAAAAAUUAUAUUUUUUAAGUUGCACUCCUAUUAAAGUCAGGGGCUGUAUUAUAAAUUGAAAGUCCUAUAAAUCGUUCCAUUUAUUAUUAUAUUUUUUUGUUUAUUUGACAAAAAUGUGUUUAAUAUAAGUGUAAAGAUGUUUAUAUGUAAAAAAA